CAAGAUCUCAUCAUCAUCAUCAUCGGAACGAAACUGUGACGGCCACCGCGAAAAAAUAGAAUGCAUAAUUUUUGUUGAAAGCGAUAAAUUUUGCGCGGUAUUUUUAAACCAAAGAAACAAAUUAGGCGUGAUUAAUUGCACUGAAAUUAAAUGCUGCAAAUUCAUUGUGCGGGUGAUUCAGCGUGAGAGUGUUUUAUUUCAAUUACCGCCGAAGGCAUCAAAGGUGUAGAUUAUGAAGUUCGUCGGUGUUCGAUGGGGGUGGUUGUUGGCGACCCUCGUCAUCGUUAUCGUCUGUCUGGUGCCGGUGUCCCAAGCGCUGCAGGAAUCCGCGCUCGAGCAGGCACGGCUGCACCGGGAGAAUCUGGUCCAGAAGUAUCUGAAAAAGCUAAAGAAGGAGGAAGGAGCCAUCAAGCUGGUGGGCGGUCGAGGUGAUUUCGAGGGUAACGUGGAAAUCUUCCACGACGGCAAAUGGGGCUCGGUGUGCGAUGACGAGUGGGACUCGACCGAAGCGCAGGUAGUCUGCCAGCAGCUCGGUUACCCCGGCCACGUAAAGGCAACGCACAGUGGACACUUUGGCAAGGCGAAGCGAAAGUUUUGGAUGGAUAAUCUGUUCUGCGGCGGCAAGGAAACGGAACUGGCCCAUUGCCACUUCGACGGGUGGGGUCACAGCGAUUGCGAGGCAAGCGAAUCGGCCGGAGUCAUCUGCAAGGAUGCUGAUGGUGCUGGAUCGAGCACGACGGCUAAGCCUAUCCCGGAGGAGUUUAAACCGAAAAAGAUUCCGUUGAUGAAGGAUCUGGAGAUGCGGCUGGCCGGAGGAAGGAUUCCCAACGAAGGAAGAGUGGAGAUUCGCUUCGCUGACAGUGGCACCGCUUGGGGAACAAUUUGCGCUGACGGAUGGUCACUGUUGGAGGGCAACGUGGUGUGCCGGCAGCUCGGGUUGGGUUAUGCAAAUGAUGCCAUUCAGACGGAUUUUUUCGGUGGAUCGAACCGAACUGAGAUCCUGCUCAGUGGAACGGAAUGCUACGGUAAUGAGACCAACCUGGGGGAGUGCUUGCACCAUGAAGUCGGAUGGCACAGCAGCUGCAGCGAGCGGGGGACACACGUGGCAGCGGUAACUUGCGUGGAAACAAUGGCCGAUUUGGCCUUUGACCAUGUGGAAAUGGAACAAUCGCUUCAUCUGGAGGAUCGAUUGAUGUAUUUGCUGCAGUGCGCCAUGGAGGAAAACUGCGUCGCUUCGCAGGCUUACGACAUUCAACGGGACAAUCCGAAUUGGCACCUGGAGACGAGACGGUUGAUGAAAUUUACUGCCCGGGUGUUGAAUACCGGGACGGCGGAUUUCCGACCUCACAUUCCGAAGCAUCUGUGGGAGUGGCAUCUGUGUCAUAUGCACUACCACAGCAUGGAGGUGUUUGCUACGUUCGAUAUUUACAACGCGCAAGGGGUGAAGGUGGCCGAGGGUCAUAAGGCGUCCUUUUGCUUGGAAGACAACCAGUGCCUUCCGGGAACGGAACCCAAAUAUGCUUGUGCCAACUAUGGAGACCAAGGCAUCUCGGUGAACUGCGCGGACAUCUACCGCCACAACAUCGACUGCCAGUGGGUGGACAUCAGCGAGCUGGACUUUGGCCUCUACACCCUCCGGGUGGCGAUCAAUCCCGAGUUCAAGGUACCGGAGAUGGGCUUCGAUAACAAUGCGGCCGUCUGUAGCUUGCUCUACACGGAAACCUACGCCCGGGCGUUUGACUGUAAAAUUACGCGGCCCUAGGGCGAAUGCGAAAGAUUGCUACACGGAACGGAAAGGAAAAUAAACGUACAUUAAACAGUGUUGCUGUGCCUCUAUUAAGUUUAAUUGAGUUUGAAAUUAGUUGUGGGUGGUGAAAUUUCUGGUUUUCCAUUGUGAUGUCCCCCGGGGGGGUUUUGGAUAGACAACAAAGUUAGGGACAAGGAACUAAUUACGAAGCGAAGCGUGGAACCUCUGCUAAUA